AUGAUCCAUGCACUGUCAGGUGCGGCGGGGGCCGUUUCCGACCGUCGAAACAUUGACAAUCGCCUCGAUGUACACAAGGCAAAGAUAGGCGGCGUGGAAGCAAUUCGAAGAGGCAACGAGAACGAUGACCUUGACGAAUGGCUAGCAGCAGCCCAAAGCGUGAACUCAGCGGCGGGCGACCUGUGUCCCGUACCCUGCAGCACAACGAAAGAUAUGACAUCAAGAGCCGAAUGGUUCUUGUAUCCAGAUAUCGGACGGCUUGCCGCUUGUAAUGAGACGAUGCUCAUUGACAUGGUCGUUCAGAACGCCGAGGCUGAUCUUAGGGAAAACGUCGUCACUCGGGCAUGUACUGCAGACUACGUGUCGGUAGCCAGAUCCUUCUUCGAACCCGACGGGGAGAAGGCCUCGCUUUGCACAACCGCCAAUCGCGUUCUGGAAGACGUGUCGAUCUACAUGCAUCAGCCAACGACCGGGAACGAUGCGUACUCAAGCAGCCACCUCCUCUCUGCCGGACGUCAAGUUAUCAAUCAUCUCGCAUUACAAACGCCUUCAUGCAGCCAUAGCGUCAUGGAGUUCGCAUACUCUCAGUCUUCAGCUAUCGGUGUCUAUGCCGGAGCCGAGGUUCAUCAACACGGUUUGACCGCCGAAGUUUUGAAUAAGUUCUUGCUUCACGUUCAGAAUCAAGGCCUUUCCAAGACAACUGUCGUUCAGCUGUGCGCAGCUGAAGGGCGUGGCGCGGACUAUAGCGUAGGCAUCGUGGCGACCAGUGCGAAGAACCUACCGUUCGUACAGACAGCUGUCAAGACUUGGUCGGAUGGCGAGUGCGUCUCCCAGGCUGAUACAGGCGAAGACUGGAUGCAGGUCACCAUUCGCAUUCCUGUUUCCGUGGAACACAUCUCUGUCAAUGGCACUAACUCAACCAUUCGUUCUCGAAACAUCUCGCCCGCUCAUUUGGACACGAGAGGACGUCUCGACAUCAGAGCAGACUGCAAGACUGCGACCGUCAGAAGUGGCGAUGGUUGCUACGCCAUCGCCGAUCGAUGCGGCAUCAGCCAGACCAACCUGGAGAAGUACAACCGCGCCAACCUCUGCACUACGCUUGUCAAAGAUGAGGUCGUGUGCUGUAGUAGCGGCACAUUGCCAAGCACACUCCCUUCUGGCAAUACAGACGGUACUUGCAAGACGAGGGAGGUUGUAGAGAAGGAUGACUGUGGCAGCCUCGCGGCCAAAUGCGGUAUCAGCGCGAACGACUUCAUGAAGGCUAACACCAAGACGAAUCUCUGCUCAAACCUUAUGCCAGGGCAAAAGGUUUGCUGUACUGCCGGCAAAUAUCCUGAUCUGAAACCCAAGCCCGAUGCCGGCGGAAAUUGCGCGACCUACUACACCAAGAAGGAUGACAGUUGCUCGAAGGUUGCCAUCUCCCACGACAUUACUGUGGAUGACCUCAUGGAGUUCAACAAGGGUACAUGGGGCUGGAAUGGCUGCAAACCAGAGGUCUUCUAUGCAGACUUUCUCAUGUGUGUCAGCAAGGGCUUAGCACCUAUGCCUGCCAUUGUUCCGAAUGCGAUCUGCGGGCCAACGAAGAACGGCACCAUACGACCGAACCCGAUCACCGCACCUGCGAAUAUCAGCACACUGAACCCUUGUCCAUUGAACGUUUGCUGCAACGUCUGGGGCCAAUGUGGUUUGACUGACGACUUCUGCACCGUUAGCAAGUCAGAGACCGGUGCCCCGGGAACGUCUGCCCCCGGAAAGAAUGGAUGCAUCAGCAAUUGCGGCAGAGACAUCAUCAAAGGCACCGCUCCGGCGAACAAAAUCAAGAUCGCAUACUACGAAAGCUGGAACUUCAAUCGACCAUGCCUGAAUAUGCUAGUGACGUCGAUUCCCGAGGACUACACGCAUAUCCACUUUGCCUUCGCGAACGUCACUCGAGGGACAUAUAAGCCAGAGAUUACGGACGAGACAACUCUGAAGGAAUUCGAAGAGUUCAAGAAGAUGAAGAACGUCAAGAAGAUCAUCUCUUUCGGUGGCUGGGCGUUCAGUACCGAGCCUGGAACAUUUCAGAUCUUGCGUGAGGCGGUCUUACCGGCCAAUCGUGCGACGUUUAGGGACAACAUCAUCAGCUUCAUUGAAGAGCAUGGGCUUGAUGGUGUCGACCUCGACUGGGAGUACCCUGGAGCUCCCGACCUGCCCGGCAUUCCGACCGAUGAUCCUGUCAACGGCGUCAACUACUACCGACUGCUCGCCAGCUUGAAGUCAGCCUUGGGUUCUUCCAAGUCUGUAUCUUUCGCGGCGCCCGCGUCAUACUGGUACCUCAAGUCCUUCCCCAUUAAGGACAUGGCCAAGACUCUCGACUACAUCGUAUAUAUGACAUACGAUCUGCAUGGCCAAUGGGAUUACGGCAACAAGUGGACUUCGCCUGGAUGCGACACUGGUAACUGCCUGAGAUCUCAUGUCAACGAAACUGAGACCAAAGAUGCGCUAUCCAUGAUAACCAAAGCCGGAGCAGACUCCAGCAAAGUGGUUGUGGGUGUCUCUAGCUAUGGUCGCUCCUUCAAGAUGGCGCAAGCUGGGUGCGAUUACGAAUACUGCAAGUUUACCGGAUCUCCCCGAGUAUCCGAUGCGUACCAAGGCCGAUGUACACAGACUGGUGGUUAUAUCUCCAAUGCUGAGAUCCAGGAGAUCAUCGACAGUGGUAACAUCCAGAAGAAGUACAUCAAGGACGGUUCAAACAUCAUGGUCUUCAACAAUACGGAAUGGGUCGCCUGGAUGGAUGAUGAGUUGAAGGUCACUCGAUCAAAGUUCUACGACUCAUACAACUUCGCUGGAACUACGGACUGGGCAGUGGAUCUGCAAGAUUGGCAUGGAGUAGAUGAACCUGAGGAUUACGAAGUGCCGAUCGACGAAAACUACUGGGCUGCCUGCGAGGGGCAAUUCAGCUCACUGGAUCAGUUGAAGGACCGCAAAGGCUCGAUCCCCGGCCACUGCAUGGAGCAGUACAUCACCGAUGUUCAAAUCUCUGUACUCGAUGGAGCGCUGAAGAAGUACAAAGAUCUGGUCGACAAGGGUUACGAUGAUAAAUUCGACACCUACGCUUCUUACGUGAAGGACCAGAUUCCCGACCAAAUCAACAACUUCAUGGCAAGCGACAAGGUUGACGAGUACUUUACUUGCACGGAUCACAAGAACUCGGCAAUCUGCUGUGAUGACUGCAUGUAUGCCGGCUGUAAUCUGAACUGCAUCAAAGGCAAAGACUGCAAAGGAGGCGCGGGUGACUAUCCCAUGGAGAAAUGUCCAAAGAUGGAGUUCAAGGCACGCCCACUCACGAGCGACUACAUUCCAAACGCGACAUUCACCCUCAAGGACGAAGACAGCUUUUACGACGACCUCUCCAAGACUUGGGGCAUAGACAGAGAAUGGAUCAAGUUUGGCAAGCGCGAGAUGCGAGUCAACAACGGUUGCCAGUAUUCCUCGGACGCCAAGGCCUGUAUGGAAUGGAACAACAACUUCUUCAGGAACUAUCCUCUUAUGGACCAAAACAAGGUCGAGAUCUACAACCCCAAGGAUAUCAUCGGCGACUCCUACUCCAAAGCCCAGGACAUGUUGUACCGCUUCCAAGACAUGUCGCUGGCAGGUAUCUGGGACGAACAGAUGCCCGAAUCUGACAUGGUCGACUCCACCUCGCUGCCAGCAUUCUCUACCGAGGAGGCCAUUGUGGCUAUGGAGAAGAUCGUAAGCAAGGCUAAUGAAAUAGAGAAGGCGGAGCGCGAAGAGUUCAUUCUGAACUUCAUCAUGGGUCUCUUGUUUUUCAUCCCGUUCGCUGGUGAAGCAGCCGCAGGGCUGACUGCUGUUCGCUCUAUUGCCAGACUUAUCGGCACGGUAGGCGACGUCGCACUUACAGUCUACGGCGUAGUCCAGGAUCCAGAAAACGCCUUUAUGACUGUGUUUAGCGCCCUUGCAGGCGCGGGAGUCAGUCGGAGUGGGUUCAAGGGUGCGGCAGCCUCAAGACGACAUAUGAAGAAGGAAGAUUACGACAGUCUCGGUCCUGUAAAGGGAAAGCUCGAUUUCGUAGAGGAUUUGAGAGGUGCUAUGUGCCCGAUUUGA